ACAGAACGUCACAGUGCUUUACUCAAAGCAUGUCUGCACACAGAAACACCUCGCAAGUGAUUCAAGCCUCCAAAGUGCAGCUUUCGUUUGGUCUCAUCAUCUUGAUCAAACCUAAAGGAUCAACAAAAUAAGGUGUGGACUGCUUACAGACUUUAGCAGUAGAACAAAUAAACAAGGAUACUUCAUCACUUUCAGCACUGUCACACAGAUCCAGCCAUGCCUGUGGAAGGGAAAAGUGAUAUGGAGAGGAUUGGCCUCUUCAGUGAAAUGGGUUAUGUCACCAUUGGAGAUAAAUAUGUGUCACAAUAUAUGCGCCCUUUUAAUGAAGCUGCAAGCAAGAACAGACAGAUGUUACCUGGGGGGACAAAAACAUUGUCAGCUCUGCAGGAAGGCUAUUUUGAGCCUCAGUUUGUGAGGAUUUUUGAGGGUGAAGCCUACUCAAACCCUGUUCAGCUAAGGAGACGAUACAGACUGGCAGAAUCAAAGAAAAAUGUGGGCAAAGCUUUCCUUCCCAGCAAUGGAGACAAACUCCCAUGUGGGCUUGGCAGCUAUUAUGGAACCAUAGGAGGUUCGUAUGAAUACUUCAGUCCACAAGUGAAAUCCAGAGGAAGAUACAUUCCUCCUGGAAAGAAUCUGUAUACUAAUCCAGGAAAGAAAGGAAGCGGAUUUGGUUAUGCAAACCUUACCAUAGGUGAACAAUAUCCACACAAACCUGAUGAUUAUGAAGCAGAAAGAAUAAAAGCAAAGAAAGCACAAGAGGAACAUAAACGGUUGCUUAAAGGAGGGCCUUUCAGGUUAAAUCUAUAUCCCCAGGAGUAUUUUGACACCAAUCCCUAUUUUAAUGACAAACCUUUGCCACCUGUGAAGAAAUUGCCUCCACAAAAGCCAAGUGCACCACCUUUCAUACCAAGUUCUCCUGCUAAAAAGUUAGGAGGCAUGAAAGGAGGUACAUUUGAUCCUUUCCCAAGCUAUUCUGCUGAGCCUUAUGUGAGUAAAAAAUCUAACGCUGCCAUGACUGGUAAAGAAGGACAAGUAUUUCAUCCUCCUUCUGGACCAAAAAGCAGACCUGUUACAAGCAUAGUAACUUUAAAUGUCAAAAGAUCAUUAAAUUCAAGAAACUACAAGACUGCACGGCUGACAUCUUACUAGAUAUAAAAGGUGAAACUGAAGGAGCUGCACUUUUUUUUCGCCGGAAAGGCACUGGACUGACUAGGAAUGCUAUCUUAGAGAGGCCAGAUUCUGCCUCCUGUCUCCUUGGAUCCUCAGUGAUUUCUUGUUUAGCCCUUUCAUGUUUCAACAUGGUGGUGAAGCGAGUGUAGGAUGCUGGACAUCGCCCUUUGCAGGAGCUGAUGAGAUGCCUGUGGUGGUGGUGGUGAUGGUGAUGGCCUGAUCCAUAAAAGCUUUCAGAUGAUGUGAAGGAAAAAUGGUCAAAGUCACUUUCACUGCAAAAGGAUGACCCCUCUAUUUGGAUAAAGUCACUGAGGUCAGAAACCACUCCAUCUUGGUCGCUGUCUGAAAAAUCCAUAUGCGAUCGUGGUGGCUCAUCGCUGGUCACUUCAAUAUGAAUUGGCACCAGAGUUUUAGAUUUGUAGCUCCGUUGUACCUGAGUUGGAUGUCUGCCUUGAUUUUCUUCUUCCAGCAAAGAUUCAAUAGAGAAUCGCCUCUUUGGACACAAGCCAUUUUUAGGAGGCUCUAAUGUAACAGUUGACAACAUGUCAUCACCUAGGUUCGGCAUCGAUUUUGACUUCUGAAUUAACUUUUCGAAUUCAGAUAUUCUGGUUGGCACCAUGUCUCUGGGCACCUCUUCAGUAGAAGACUCUCUCCAGCCUUGAAGAAUACCUUUGUGCUGCUCUUUUUCAUACUGCAGUAUUCUGGACUUCACAGAACAAAUCACCUCAGAAUUCAUCAAGUCCUUGCGAUUGAUGCGGUGCAUCUUUUUGUACAUUUUUAGGAAACCUGGGGCAUCAUGUGCAGAUCUGUGACGAACUCUUGACCUGCUACUGCCAUGGCCCUCAACGUAUGGGGAGGCCCAGUUCAUAGAGCAAACUUCUUUGGAGUCCUCCUCACAUAACAGAGAGCCCAUGCUUUCAGACUUGGCCUGUGCAUCGGGAAAGCUGUCGCGGUCAUCUGUUAAAAGAUCGUCACAGCUACGAGAUUUUCUCUUUGGAGAAGCAGUUUCUUCUGUGCUGCUCCAGACUUCUGCGUUCUGACGAGUCAUUUGCCAACCAUUCUUGUAGCUGACUGCUCUUCUUGAAUCAUUUGGAACAGCUAAAUGUUGUCUGUAAGUGCUACAGUAAUCUAAUUCAUUUGAGGUGUUGUGGUUGUGCACUGAAUAAUUUAAAAGGGAUGGAUAUGCUUUGCUAAUAUCCCCACCUUUAUAAUCCAUAGAGCAGCAUGGUAAAAAAGAGACAUUGCCAGAAAUUAAAAGAUUCAGAAAAUUGAAGUUAACGUCAGUAAGUAUUAGAAAGACAAGAAAAGAGACAGCAAUUAAUGCAUCUACCAGCUUAGGUCAGUAAAUAGGUUGCUUCAGCCUGGAGCAUCAGAGUUAAUAAUUAUUUUCCAUCUGUAAAAAUCUACUCAUGAUAAUUUGAAUAUCAAAAAGAAUACUUCAUGAAUUAUGGAGAUGUUAUCCUUUCCACACCCCCCACUUCCAACCAUACCCUGCCCCUCCCUCCUUCCUUCCCUGCUAAAGUAACAAGCAUUAAUAUUCAUUCUGAAGCAGGUCAACAGACAAUAAAAGCUGCAAAGGAUUUAAAGAUGAAGCCAAACAUCAGAUCUAGAUCACAGUAACUUUUCCACCUGUGCAUUCAGAAAGAAGCUGUUCAGAAUUUUUGAGCUGUAUAAUGGCUCAGAGAGUUCACAGCAACUGCAUAUUCUAAGAUAAUUAAGAUCAUAUAUAAGAUCAAAUGGAAAAU